ACCUUCAUCUUCACAGACGGGGAGGAUGAGGAGCUGAAGAAGCAAGCACGCCGGGAAGCAGUUGCCUUUGAGCUGGGGGAGCAAAGAACAGGUGGCCACUGUGGGAAAAGCCGCCAGGCCCUUUCCUGCAAGAUGGUCGUGGAGUACGACAAGUUCAUUGAGUCCGGCAGAAAGUGGUUCUGCCACGUGGACGAUGACAACUAUGUGAACGUGCGGAUGCUGGUGAAGCUGCUCUCCAGCUACCCCCACACGCAGGACAUCUACAUCGGGAAGCCCAGCCUGGACCGGCCCAUCCAGGCUACGGAGAGGAUCAGUGAGAACAAGAUGCACCCUGUGCAUUUCUGGUUUGCCACGGGCGGAGCAGGGUUUUGCAUCAGCCGGGGGCUGGCGCUGAAGAUGAGCCCAUGGGCCAGUGGGGGCCACUUCAUGAGCACAGCGGAGAAGAUCCGCCUGCCUGACGACUGCACCAUCAGCCCCAUCGGCUACAUCAUUGAGUCUGUGCUGGGGGUGAAGCUCAUCCGGAGCAACCUCUUCCACUCGCACCUGGAGAAUCUCCACCAGGUGCCCAAGACGGAGAUCCACAAACAGGUGACAUUAAGCUACGGCAUGUUCGAAAACAAACGCAACUCCAUCCACAUGAAGGGAGCCUUCUCUGUUGAAGAGGACCCGUCCAGGUUCCGCUCCGUGCACUGCCUGCUGUACCCCGACACGCCGUGGUGCCCCGCCAACGUGGUUUACUAG